UCCUGUGGGCGCUUCACGCGUUUUGCAAAGCGGGCAGCGAGUUGCAACCCUCUCCGGCGGUUGGUAAAGGGGAUCCGGAAGACUUGCCCUCCGACUUUUUACGGAGCCGGGCGGGAGAUGCAGAGCUUUUCCAUGAGCUGGUCUCUGGGUAAAUAAAGCUCUGCCACCCCCUUCACUACAAUAAGCAACGCAUCGAGCAUUUGCGAGCAAAAAGCCCUCGAGAGGGAGGACCAAGGUGGGAUGGCCAGCGGUUUAAAUGGGACCUUUCUGCAGCUUCGCGCCUCGCCAGAUUGGCCCGCGCGUCGUUUCUGCGUGUGAACUCACCGACCCGUGUGCGGCGACGGGGGAAGUGGAGGCCAGUCGAGCCUCCCCGCCUUUACCAUCCAGGGUGGCUUUGAGAUGAUGGAACGUGGGCGGCCGGGCCGUCAGCGGGCCUCGGAAAUGAUUCGCAAGCAGAAGCGCAAGGAGCUGGACGCCCGGCGCAGCAAGUGCCGCAUCCGUAUCGGGAGCCAUCUGGAGCAGUGGUGCCAGCUCAAGGAGCAGCUGGGCUUUUCCUUGCACUCGCAGCUUGCCAAGUAUCUGCUGGACAGGUACAGUUCGCCAAGCUUAACCCUGGAAACAGGACAGGACAGCUCCAAUGUUUUCCCCGAUCGUCUCCCUUCUGAAACUCUGCAGCAUCUUGUUGUCCUUUCUCACAAUCACAGCCAAGAAUGCGCCUUCGUCCCUAACGUGAAGCCCUUCUUGCAGAAGGAGCAGAAGGGCGUCCCAGGGGGCCACCUGGUCUGGGAGUGCCUGGCUGGCCACACCUUCUCAUGGAGCCCCUCCGCCACCACCCAGAUUUGCACACCCACUCCCCACAAGGCCAUUGCCUCUCAGGGCCAUGAGGAGGAGGAGGAGGAGGAGCAAGAGAAGGAGAAGGAGAAAGCUGUGAGUUCCAAGCCCAGCCCCCCACCCUCCCCCGCCGUCCGACGCCGGCGCUCCCUCCGCAGGGCUGCGGCAGCCCAUGCCUUUUCCUUAGCACUCGCUUCCAACUCACCGUGCCCGGUGGACGAGGCAGAGCCGUCUUCCAAAGAGGAUGGGGAGGGCGGUGCGGCCAGAGAGAGAACAGCAUGCAUGUCCCCCAGCAGCGGAACGGGCGAGGAGGCAGAAUUGCUGAGUGGCAACCACCCUGAGGAGACAGCAGCUUCUUCUGAAGAAAUUCCAGCUACCACAGAAUUCCGAGAGCCUAGAAGCACUUUAACUCCACCAGAAGAGAGGUUUGAGUCACUGCCUGACCAACCAGAGGAGGAAGCGGGAGGAGGAGAGAACUUGGAAGAGGAAGAUGGCCUAGAAUAUACAGACAACUUGAGCGAUGAGAAUUACCAUCCUUCCCUAGACAGGAACUCCAGGCUGCAAAGACACCAAAACCUAACCAGGAGUUGCAAGAGUCCUGUGAAGGAAGACCAGCUCUCCCAGGAAACAUGCCUCACAGGCCAUCUUUCCUCUGAGGAGAAGGGCAGCGCAAUUCGCUGGACAAAAUGGACGCCACCACCUCGUGAUGAAGAUGUAGCUCAGAUUGGUCCCAAAAGAAUCAGGAAGGCAGCCAAGCGAGAGAUCCUCCUUUGUGAUUAUGACGGCUGUGGGAAGAUUUUCUCCAACCGCCAGUAUUUGAACCCAGCGACACAUUUUCCCCUCUUCCUUGUAGACAAACGGGACUACAUCUGUGAAUUUUGUGCCCGCUCCUUCCGAACGAGCAGCAACUUAAUUAUCCACAGACGGAUCCACACUGGAGAAAAACCCCUGCAAUGUGAAAUCUGUGGAUUCACCUGCCGCCAGAAGGCCUCCUUGAACUGGCACAUGAAGAAGCACGAUGCCGACUCUUUCUAUCAGUUCUCCUGUGACUUGUGUGGCAAGAAGUUUGAGAAGAAAGACAAUGUCACAGCACACAAGAGCAAGAGUCAUCCAGAGGCGGCCGCAGCUGGCCCUCCCCAGCCUGCACAGGGACUUCCGGCCAGGAGCCACCCACUUUCUGAGGAGCAGCUGGAAGACACACUGGGGAGCCAGCCUCGUGAUAUGGAGAAGAGGAUGGAUCAGUCUCCCCUUGCCAUUACGGUCAUCAUUGAGUGAUCAGCCAUGCCUGUCAAGGAAUCAGAAUGGAAGAAAGGAUUCUUGGUCCCUCUUGUUAGCGAGAGAUGGAAACGUCAUGUGCGGAGUACCAGGGAGGAUGCAAAGUUAAGAUCCCAGGCUGGUGGGUCUAGAAGAUCGUGUCCUCACCAAAGCCCUGCCAGCACCCACCACAUUCCUUUAGCACAAUUCCAGCAACACAAAGAUGGCCCUAGGUUCAGAUUAGACCGGUAACAAGAGGAUUCAGAGUUGUCCGGUGGGAAUCUUCUGGGACACUUCAUUUUGUCAUGACUAGACACCAAUUUUUUGCCCAGACUCCAAGUGGGUAAGGACUCCUAGACCGCUAUAACAGCUACAUACACAUACCUCCCUAAAUCUUACAUUUUACUGAUGAUAGCUUUGGAUUUAGCUGGUGCGGACUGAUGACAAUGACAGCGGUGGCGGCGAAGGUGAAGAUGUUGAUGCUGGUAGUGAUGGUGAUAAUAGAGGAAGAUGUAAAGUGUCCUAUUGUUAACUUUCAAACCACUCCGGCUUAAAAGAUGGCACUCUUUCAUAUGACCGCACUUCCUCCUUUGUUCUAUUCAUCACUCCAGUAAUUUGCCUUUGUUUCUUCUUGGAUAAGUGUGCAGAAAGCAGCCGUGCAAUUGCAGCUCACAUUAACUGAGCUAAAAGGCACUGAAUCUUUGGAACAAAGGCUGCCUUCCACUACAGAGCUAUAACCAGGGCCGGAGGUAUUUCGGGUUAAAUGGAUCGGCAUUCUGCUCCAGGAGAAGUUGCAUUCUGCAAUGUGUGUGUGUAUUAUGCAGUGUUUGUGUUGUGCUUGUUUUUACAUAACCCAGAUUUGCUUAUUGUGGAAAGGGUAAAGUGGUUGCACAGGGCAUGUCAGUCCCAUCCUUUGGCCCCUGGCAAUUUUUAUGCAGAGUCUUCCUGAAGUUCAUCCACACAAAUACUCAGACCUAAAAUGUACAGCUGUGAAAAAGCAAGAGAGGGUUGUUUUGUUUUGUUUUUUAAAUAGAAGUUACACUUCUCAGGUAAUUAAAAUCUGCAGCCAGUCCAAGCCGCUGGAUUAACUCCUGACUUUCUGCAUUGCUAUUAAAUAGGCACCAUUCCAGCUGUGGAGGUCCUCCCCUAUCUUGUACAGUGGGGUCUUGACUUGAGAACUUAAUCCGUAUUGGAAGGCGGUUCUCAAGUCAAAAA